CAGGAAUGAAGCGGCGGAUCAGCUCGGGAGGGAAGUGAGAAGUUAUAAGUGAGCGGCGCGGGGAGGAAGCGGACACUUUAUUCCCAUUAUUAUUAUUACUAUUAUUAUUAUUAUUAUUAUUAUUAUUGUUGUUCCGCUGGCAGUUGUGCGCCUGACAGUCAGGAGGAUGCGGCAGUGAGAGAUGGAGCCGAGAAGGAGUUGCAGGUCGGGGCUCCUGUUGCUGCUGCUGAUCGUUCAGACUCGGGGACAGGAAGUUUGUACUGGAACCGAUAUGAAACUACUUCAUCCCUUCAGCCAGAGGAAUCACUAUGAGACCCUCCAUACUAUCUACCGGGACUGCCAAGUCAUCCAAGGGAAUUUAGAGAUAACCUACUUAAAAGAAGAUGAUGAUGUAUCCUUUCUGCAGAAUAUCAAAGAAGUCCAUGGCUAUGUCCUAAUUGCUCAUAACUUGUUGAGUUAUCUGCCCUUGGAGAAUUUACGGAUCAUCCGCGGCACGCAACUGUACCAAGAACGUUACGCGCUCGCCGUGCUGUCCAAUUCAGAGGCCGGAGGGACGGCCGGCCUGCGGGAGCUGCGCAUGAGGAAGCUAACGGAAAUCCUAAAGGGUGGCGUGAUCAUACAGAACAACACACAGCUAUGUUUCCAGGAGACCGUUUUGUGGAUGGACAUCCUGAGCCAAAGCAACAGCCAGAGAAAAGAGGUGGUCCUAGACUCCAGCCACCGGCAGUGCCCGCUCUGCUCUCCUGCAUGCGGCUCCCUUCCCUCGGGCAGAUCUGGAUUGUGUUGGGGAGUGGGCCAGGAGUAUUGUCAGACCUUAACCAGCACUAUCUGUGACAGCGGCUGCCAGAGAUGUAAAGGGAACCAUUCAACUCACUGCUGUCAUGAACAGUGUGCCGCCGGCUGUACUGGACCCAAGAACUCAGACUGCCUGGCCUGCCUUCUCUUUAACCACAGCGGAGUGUGUGGGACGCACUGCCCCCCUCUCUCAACCUACAACCCAGAGACCUACGAGUCUGUACACAACGAGGGUGGCCGGUACACGUUCGGCGCCAGCUGCGUCACUUCUUGCCCCUAUAACUACCUUGCCACCGAGGUUGGCUCUUGCACACUCUUUUGCCCUAAGGAUAACAAGGAGGUGAUUGUGGGAAAUAUGCAAAAAUGUGAGAAAUGUGACAAGCAGUGCAGCAAAGUGUGUUAUGGGCUUGGAAGAGAUUUCUUGAGAACAACACAAGCCAUUAAUGCUUCUAUCAUCCAUCAUUUCCAAGGCUGCACUAAGAUCUUUGGGAGUCUGGCAUUCCUUGCCGAGUCCUUCAAACCAGAUCCCAACAAACCCGGCUCAGUCCUCACUGCACAGAACCUUGAGGUCUUCAAGACCCUUGAAGAAAUCACAGGAUACAUCUAUAUUGAGUCCUGGCCAGAAGAACUUAACAGUCUCAGUGUCUUUGAGAACCUGCGUGUGAUUCGCGGACGAAUGCUACAGAACGGGGCAUAUUCAUUGGUCCUGAGGAACCUUUCCAUCUCAUCUCUUGGCUUGCGCUCCUUGACGGAAAUCAGCAGUGGGCUGGCACAGAUAGAGGGGAACCCCAACCUGUGCUUCUUGGAAAGUGCCCCAUGGUCGGAUCUCUUCAAAACCCAAAGACAAACUAUAGUAAAGACACUCAACAAACCCCAAGAAGUGUGCGACCAAGAAGGGCAGAAGUGCUUCAGUCGCUGCGCUGGAGAGAAAUGCUGGGGUCCUGGCCCUUCCCAGUGCGUUCGGUGCAAUGGAUUCCUGAGAGGCCAUGAUUGCAUUGAGUCUUGCAAUGUUUUGGAUGGAGACCCAAGAGAGCAUGUUAAUGGAAGUCAGUGUGUGCCUUGCCACUCUCAGUGCUAUCAGCAGAAUGGAACUCAGACAUGCUCUGGCCCGGAGGCUGACCAGUGUAUGGCGUGUGCUCACUAUAUGGACGGAGAAGACUGUGUGGAGCAGUGCCCUAAGGGAAGUUCCUUUGUUCCCAUUUGGAAAUACCCAGACAAGGAUGGGAUCUGCCAGCUGUGCCUUGUCAACUGCUCACACUCGUGCAAUCAGUUGGAUGAAAGGGGCUGCCCAAUUUUACCGGACAACAGCCAAGUGUACAUGGCAGCUUCAAUUAUCAUUAGCAUAUUAAUCGUGAUCACCAUAUCAACGGCCAUCGUGUUGUCGAUCCGGCGCAGAAAGCAGCUGAGGAGGAAGCACACCACACGUCGCCUUUUACAAGAAGAGCUCGUGGAACCUCUGACUCCAAGUGGAGCUGUCCCCAACCAAGCCCAGAUGAGGAUCCUUAAGGAGACAGAACUUAAGAAGAUGAUGAUCUUGGGAUCUGGGGCAUUUGGUACUGUAUACAAGGGUAUUUGGAUUCCAGAUGGUGAAAAUAUCAAAAUACCGGUUGCCAUUAAAGUUUUGAGGGAGAACACAUCACCUAAAGCCAACAAGGAGAUCCUUGAUGAAGCAUAUGUGAUGGCAGGGGUGGGCAGCCCUUAUGUGUGUCGCCUGCUUGGGAUCUGCCUCACAUCUACCGUACAGCUUGUCACCCAGCUCAUGCCAUACGGCUGCUUACUGGACUACGUGAGGGAGAACAAAGACCGCAUUGGCUCCAGAGAUCUCCUCAACUGGUGUGUGCAGAUAGCAAAGGGGAUGACAUACCUGGAGGAGGUGCGUUUGGUGCACAGAGACUUAGCUGCAAGGAACGUCUUGGUGAAGAGCCCAACGCAUGUGAAGAUCACAGACUUUGGCCUGGCCCGACUGUUAGAUGUGGACGAGACUGAGUACCAUGCUGAUGGUGGAAAGGUCCCCAUCAAAUGGAUGGCUUUAGAGUCCAUUUUGCACCGAAGAUUCACCCACCAGAGUGAUGUGUGGAGCUACGGUGUAACCGUUUGGGAGCUCAUGACCUUUGGUGCAAAACCCUAUGAUGGAAUCCCAGCCAGAGAAAUCCCAGACCUUUUGGAAAAAGGAGAGAGGCUCCCUCAGCCACCAGUUUGCACCAUAGACGUUUAUAUGAUCAUGGUGAAGUGCUGGAUGAUAGACUCCGAAUGCCGACCCAAAUUUCGGGAACUUGUCCAUGAAUUAUCUCGUAUGGCACGCGAUCCAUCACGUUUUGUGGUCAUUGAGAAUGAAGAGAUCAUGGCCCAGGCGAGCCCACUGACCACCCAGUUUUACAGUGCUCUGCUUCAAGAGGUUGGGAUGGAUGACCUGGUAGAUGCAGAGGAAUAUCUGGUGCCCCACAGGGGAUUUUUCCCAUCAGAAGAUGUUACUGCAGAGCAUUGCAGUCGUAUUUCAUCAAUGCAGAGUGCUACUGAGAUGCAGCCAUGCCAACCUUUUCUGCAGGAGGUUCUUCCAAGUGGAGCUGCACUGGCUCGUACCUUAUCGGAGAAGUCAGGGGGCAGCGGCUCAGAUGCAUUUAGUGAAGGUGACUAUGUGUUUGAACCUCCCCUCACUGGAGAAAGUGGCUCUCCACAUGGAUAUACAGAUGACCCAGUGCACUUGGGCGAGGAUGAGACUGACAGUUGUUUCUUCGAAGCAGACUGUGUUUCACCAAGCAUUCCCCCACACCCCCUAGCUGAGUAUGUGAACCAAAAGGAGGGAGAACGGAACCAUUCGCCCAUAAAAUCUCUGAGAACAUCUGUUUCUACCCUAGAGAGGCAAAAACCCACAUUGGAGAGGCAGAAGUCCACAUUGGAGAGGCAGAAGUCCACUUUGGAGAGGCAGAAGUCCACUUUGGAGAGGCAGAAGUCCACAUUGGACAGGCAGAAGUCCACAUUAGAGAGGCAGAAGGGUCAGCAGUGCAAGAAUGGCCUGAGGAGCCCACCUCCCUUGUCUGCUCUGGACAAUCCAGACUUUUUGCCUCCGCCGAGACUAAUCCUGCCAAACGGCUUUCCCCAAGCCUUUGACAAUCCCUAUUACUGGAAUCAUGAACUGAACAUUGCUAAGGCUGAUGGGGAUCCGCAGGCACAUAACGGAUUUACUACCCCAACAGCUGAGAACCCGGAAUACUUGGGGCUGGAUGAUACCAUGAUUAGACCACGGGACAUAACUGUGUAAAGGACAAGGACAUAUAUACAGUAUAUACUGGCAGCUUUUUCCAUAAAAGAGCAUUGGGGAAAUAAUGGGCAAUAUUUUGAUCCAGAAUCCCUGCAAACUCCUCUUGACAAUCAUCUCUGCAGGAUAACAUUAGAACUGCCCAUUGGUCCAUGUAAAGUUGACUUGCUAUGUAUUUUUUGUAUUUCUUACAAAACAAGGUUGCCAAUAUGUGGGUUAUUUGCAAAGCCCAAAAUCUCUUUCUAAAAUGCAAUGCCCAAAGAUACCUGCACCCGUGCAACUUGUGCCAAUACCCUGGUUCAGUCUGCUUUAAUGGCAGGUGCAAAGUGCGGGGCCUACAGAUCCAAAGCAGCCCUGAAAUGAACAGGAAGUGUUACUUCCGGUGCCACCGUUGCACAAGUAACUGACUGGCACCAGUUAAUCACGUGCCGACAUCAUUCAGACAUGCGCCUUAGGUGACAAUUUUGGCAAGUUGUGGCAGGAAAGUUAAGUUUGUCUGCGAUUAAGGUGGGAGUCUGGGAAACACACACACUACACUGUAAAACAACUGUUGCACCAGUAUUUUGUACUUUGCACUGCCUUAGUAAAUGAACCCAGUAGA